AUGCCGCCCACGGCAGAGCCCACGGUAGUAGAGCCCGUGGACCAAAGCGUGCAGCGCUCUCCCAGGACCCACGUCGACAGCGCACCACUGCCAACAGACUCCAUGGUCACGGUCCCGCUCUCAGAGACGGACGGCACAUCACCAGAAGACGAGCAGUCUGCCUGCACCUCGCCCACCUCUCCCGCCCAGCCAGACAUUGUCGUCGGCGACCGCAGGACAUCGUCGUCGCGUGCAGACUCAAUCGAGAUCCGCCAGGCGUUUGGACGUCGCCAAAGCCAGACGAGCGCCGAUGCAACCACUACCCCAACAAGCCCGACCAUCUCUGUCCGGGACACGGACGCGCCCGAGUCGCCCAAGAUAGAUACUAGGGAGAGGCGAACAAGCAAUGGUUCAGGCAAGAGCGAGGAAGUUGAUUGGGCCGAGCUCGAGAAAAAGGAGGAACAGGAGCCAGAGGGCGAGGAAGAGGAAAACGACGCCAUCAUGUCAGACUCCAAAGCAAACAUGAAGGUCUCUCGCGCCCGCAGCCAGUCGCGGCCCCCCUCCAUCAACCAACUCAAGCGCCUCGUCGCCCAUGACACUGCACAGGUCCGCUUCUCCCAGCUGCCCUCGCCACCACCCAUGACCGAGUUGGAGUUUUGGGCAGCCCUCGUUCGUGAUUAUCCACAGACGGUCCAGCGUCUGCCCACGCUCUGCUUGAACAAGAUUCGAGGAGGUAUCCCUGCGCCGCUGCGUGGCGUUGUAUGGCAGAGUGCAGCCGGCUCACGGGAGAAGCUGAUUGAGGAUCAGUAUGAGACGUUGUGUGGCGAGUCCAGCCCGUACGAGAACAUCAUCAACAAGGAUCUUGGAAGGAGCUUCCCUGGUGUCGACAUGUUCAAGGACGCUGACGGUGAGGGCCAAAAGAUGCUUGGCCGUGUGCUCAAGUGCUUUAGUCUGUACGACCACAAGAUUGGUUACUGCCAGGGUCUCGGUUUCCUCGUUGGUCCACUGCUAAUGCAAAUGGGUGACAAGGAGGCUUUCUGUGUACUCGUCAGACUAAUGGAAGACUACGACCUUCGUUCUUGUUUCCUCCCUGACCUCUCUGGUCUGCAUCUUCGCAUCUUCCAGUUCCAGCAACUGCUCCACCAUCAUAUGCCCGCGCUGGCGCAGCACCUCGAUGACCAGGGCGUCGAGUCUGCAUAUCUCUCACAAUGGUUCCUUUCAUUUUUCGCUGUCACAUGUCCGCUGCCCAUGCUCUUCCGCAUCUACGAUGUGCUGUUCGCCGAGGGCGCUUCUGAGACAAUCAUGCGUGUGGCACUUGCUCUGAUGAAGCGCAACGAGCAAAAGCUCUUGUCACUAAGUGAAUUCGAAGAUGUCAUGCAGUUGCUGCUUGGCCGCCAACUUUGGGAUCCAUAUGGCAGGAACGCGGGGUCUGCCGACGAGUUGGUUGCCGAUUUCGUCGGUUUCACAAAUGAUGUGACGCGGGAAAGGUUACAGGGGUUGGAGCAACAGUACAAGGAAGCCCAGGAUAGGGAGACGUCCAAGCAGCAGGUCCAGAAGUCGGCCUCGUCGUUCCUGGGCCGUUUGUGGGGCCCGUCCAACUCUUCGACCAAGUCUGUUUCACUCAGCCCGGGACUCUCGGCGCCAUCACGGCCUGUAAGCUUCCUAAGGCGCUCAGCCUCUAAGCAGAGCUUGGCUUCAACACUCAACUCAAUGGCCGACUCAGACGCCUCAGCAAACACGCAAAGCACAGCCUUGACGGACAUUUCGCGUGCGUCCAACGGAGAUGCGCUGUCGAUGAAGUCUGGCCAUGGCUCCAUGGCAAUGGGCGCCUCAUCCAGGGAUAGGGACCUGCACUACCAGAUUGAGCAGCUGCUCAUGUCUGUGAGCCAGCUGCAAAGACAGAAUAGCGAGCUUGAAGCUGCACUGCAAAAACAGCGCGAGGAUCGCAAGGAGGACCAUCGCAUCGUGCGGACAGUAGUAGACAAGGUCCGGAAGAAGACAUCCACACUCGCCGUACCGUCCACACGGGCGUCGCGGAGGCGGACAACAAUUACCGCUGCGUCUGUCGCUGCGGCGCUCGAGGAGGGCGCAGCUUCGAAUGAACUGAGCGCAGAGGCCUCCGAAAUAGUGUCGACGCUGGAAUCGCGAUUCCCCGAAUCCCAAGGCCACCACCGCGCCUCCUCCAUUUUCGAAACCAAAGAGAUCCUCAAAGAGAACCUAACCCGCACAAAAGAACAACUUGCCAACGAAACACUGCGCGCCAACAGCUUCGCCCGUGACCUGAGCGACCGUGACGCCGAACUCCAAAUCGCACGGGACGCCCUCCGAGACACACGGCAGCGCCUGCAAGACAGCUACAACCAGAACCAACGUCAAGAAAAAACGAUCCAAGAGCUACGACAGCACGCGCGCAAGCAAUCUGCCGUCACCUCGUCCUGGGGCGGAACAGACACGACCCCCGAUACCCCACCCUCACUCUCCCGCUCCACAACCUCCGACAGCGUCUCCGGCGGCCUGCGCGAACUCCGUCUCGGCCGUACUCCAUCUCAGAAAUCCGAACGUCAAUUCUCAUCUUCGCACACCACCCCCAUGUUCACCAAGCGCUCUUCAUCGCUAGCCACGCAAUCCUUCCUCGCAGGCGCCGACGGCACCGUCCCAGACGCAAACAACGAGGCGCUCCUGCUUGAACUCGUCAACGCGAAGACUGCGGAGGCGGUGGCGAAGCAGGAACUCGAGGAAUUCAAGGUGCGGUUUGAGAAUCUGAAGCGCAUGGUGAGCACCGGUGGAAGCGGAAGCGCAAGUAGUACGCCAACAAAUACACCGGUUGUGACGCCGAGUCCUGUGCCUAAGGAGCCUGUUGGCGGGAAUGCAGGAGGUGGAGGGUGGGGAUGGGCUGGGUGGAAGAGAACCGUUAGUAGUGCGACGAUUACGGGGUCGUGA